ACAUGGUCCGAAAAGAAAAACUAGCAGUCAGCAGCUCCUGAGAAACACGGACGCGUUGUGCAAUUCGUGUAUUGUGUUGUGCAUUUGAUAUACAUAACUCAGAUUAUUCCUAAUACGGUUUCGACGAUGAAAAAAUUGCGAUUGUGGCUAUGAGUCAAUCUGUGAAAUACGCGAGUGGAGUAAAAAUACUUUUAUUCUAUCCUGUGCGUGUUAACAAUCGCAUCGUCUACGAAGUGACUGUUGCCUCCACCAACGCACAAUAAUUUACGCACGAGUUCAAAAACUAUUUUUUCAUUCACAACUUUUUAACCCCGUUGAAAACAAUUAUCACCCAUGUAAAUAGCUAAGGUUAAAUAUCAUCCUCCUAAUGUGUGUUCACGAAACAUGGAAAGAACGCUGCAAUUCAUCCUAUAACAAUUUUAGUCUACGAUGAGUUUUGGAGUUGUUUGAAAAAAUCUAGUGCACGGAUGCUGUUCGCUUAAAAGUUGAAGUUUAUUGAGAUGACAGAUGUUUUGAGGUCAGCUACUGGACGAGAUAGUAUAAUGAAAAUGUUGCUGUCGACGGGUCCCGUUGUUUCCACUUCAUCAACAGUAGGCUCAGGACUACCUAGUCCAACUGGUGACACGUUUGAUGAUAACCCAAAUACAUUAACCACAUAUUUACAUCAGCUCGCUGGAUGUUUCGAGAGUGAAAUCAACGUUAUCGUCAAGGAUCACUGCUAUGCUCGCCCUUGGAACUGGAAACCGGAAAAUGUAUAUGUCAAGCCAGUCAAGAAACUGUUCUUCAGCAAGCCGAGAAGUUUGUUAGUCACGGAUAAACUAAAACAGGAUGAAGAGGUCAACGUUGAAGGAGAUAUGACGGAGUCUGUCACGCCGCCGUACGAUUUAGCCAGAACUCGUCAUGUGAUGGACGAGUUUCAGAGACUUGCUAAUUUUGCUCGACCUGGCGAAAAUGAUGAUUGGGAAGAAAAGAUAGAAAAAAUCCUUUGGACUCCAAUUCAAAAUCGUAUUUUUACCAAAGUUAUGCGCAUAUUAUCGUCAGAACGGUUAGCUAGAUUGGUAAAAGCGAAUAGUUUAAUGGAACCAAUUUUUCGAAGAACUUCCGUUGACACAGCUGCACGAAGAUUCAGAGAAACACUCGCAUCUGCUGGGUGGGAUUUUCGAGUAGCUCAAUGGCUGCAUAAUUUACUCUUCGAAAAUCUACCCCAGGAAUAUAUGGCUAUUUACCUGGAUAUUCUUCAAACGUUGAGAUUAAAAAUUCCACAAUUAAUAGAUAAAAUAAUAGCCAUACAACCAAACUUAAAUGCUAAAAGUGGGUCAAUAACCUGGGAAACCCUCGGACCAUUGCUAAAAAGAUCAUGGGAUCCAAUCGCAUCAACACUGAAUGCAAGCAGGCCAAAAAAGUUACCUGGCAAUCCAAUCCUUGUCAUAGCACCCUCUGGAGUCGGAACCAGUGUUUCUUCACGACAACACAAAUGGAUUGCGCAUUUGGGAGCAUUGGGUAUGGUUGUCAAUGUGCAUACACACAUGGGAUUAGCGGCAAAUAGAAUGACGAUGAUGGCGUGCAUGGAGCAACUGGUACAAGCUACCAGAACCAAAAUACAAGACGUUCGUAGUGAUUAUCCAGGGCGCCCAAUAAUCCUUGUUGGAUUUAACACAGGAGCUGCUCUCGCUUGCCAAGUAGCUCAAAUGGAACAUGUAACGGCAGUGAUUUGCUUGGGCUUUCCAUUCACAACUGUAGAAGGAAAACGGGGGACCCCUGAUGACACUUUGAUGGAUAUUAGAUGCCCUGUUAUGUUUGUAAUUGGUCAAAAUGCGACACUUGUGAGACCCGAUGACUUGGAAGAUCUAAGGGAAAAAAUGCUUGUCGAAACAAGCCUAGUUGUUAUAGGAACAGCGGAUGAUCACCUGAGAAUAUCUACGGCAAAGAAAAUAUCUGAGGGUAUAACACAGAGCAUAGUCGACAGAUGUAUACUUGACGAAGUCGGUGAUUUUGUUGGCAGUAUUCUGCUGCAACCUCAUCCUCUGCCUCUGCGAUCUAAUCCCUUGAUAAACUCUGACAAAUCUAUGAAAAAGGAGUCUAGAAAGAGGAAAAAUUCUACUAGCAGUUCUGUAGAGAGCGAACCACACUCUCCGAGUUUGAAAAAAACUAGACCUAUGACACCCAUCACGCCUAAUGCUGUCUCUGGUACACCGCAAAAGUCUUCAGCAGGAUCUCUGGUGCGAUCGGGAACUAUAAAUACGCAGCCAACCCUUUUAGCAAUCAGCGGAGCAAAUUUAAAUCAUGCCUCGGCAUCUAAACGAAAACCUAGAGUCAUCAGUAAUCAGAAAGUGACUUUGCCUGACCAGCUAUUAUCACCAAGACUAUCGGGGCAGUUGAAUGCAAGUAAUGCAGGCGCGGGGAUAACGUUGAACAUUGGUACCUUGGCCAGUUUAGCACCCAUCGGACCAUUGCGUAUGGCAACAACCUCAGCCGGUCAAACUUUUCCGACUACAACCAAGAUGAGCAAUGUAUGCAGGCCGUCAAAUGUGUAUUCUAAAAUGCCUAAAAUGAUGGCCACAAAUACCAGUCCUCAAAGUAGUUCAAAACUGAAAACAGUUAUGACAAGUAAAAACUUCUCUAAAACUGUAACGAGCAGUUAUAAGCACAUCAAUAUUACGGACAAAGGUGGCGAAGCUAAAUUGGUAAACGUUCUAACUACGGCUGGAAAUCAAGUUAGGGUCAGUGCGUCUACUGCUGCAGCGAUGCAGGUAAAAUCUGUAACUAAUGCAAGUGGAGCUCUUUCCGCGCUACUGCAGAGCAGAAGAAGUCCAAUGGGAAUAGUCAGUGGUAUGCCAAUGGGAAAAGGUACCUCUGCAUCAAGCAUUUUGUUGACGCCCAGUGUUUCAACUCCAAAUACACACACGAUUGUAUCAUCCUCAUCAACAACUACACCAAAAGAGCCGGAGAACAACGGAGCAAGCAGCAGUACGAAUCGAACUAUAUCUACCUCAAAUCAACCGUUGGAUGUGUCUAAGAUGCAGUCUCUACCCGCUUCCCAAACCAGUUCAUCGAAUACAAACUAUCCUCUUGCAGUAUCAUCGGAGAAUGUAGUGAUGUUAGCAGAUAGUUUGAACAAUUCGAGAACAGCUUCGAUGUUAGUACCAAUGUCUGGUCAAAAUACAAUAACCAUUUUACCCCUGUCAAGCAAAAUGAUGAUGAGCCAAAGGUCUAUGAAAACAGUGCCAAAGAUAACAGUGAACAAUUGUAAUCUCCAAAGAGUACAGAAAGUCAACAAACCACAAUCGCCGACGCGAAAAAAAAUUAAUGAUGACUUUGACGACGAUUUGGGUAACAUACUGGACAUUCCAAUAAUAUUUGCUAAAGACGGCGAAAAUUUAAACGCCAUUGAAAAAGCUGCGCCAAUCUCUCAAGUGCCAGUUAUGAUGGAUCCUUACGACAAAAAUAUUCCAAAACUAAGCGGGACCACCAAGGUUGUAUUGAUCAGUAAUAAGCAUGAUAAAAUACAACAUCCCAUCACAAGUUUAGCCAAUACACCAAUGCAAGCUCUUGUCCGAGCGACUGGACCGCUGCAUCAUGUUAAUCGUGCAGUUCUGACGUCCCGCUUGCAAAAUCAAUCUAUAACAAGCACUAAUCGCAUCGGUACACCGACACAAACAAUACCACGAUUGAAUCACCCAACGAUUAAGUAUACUAAGAUUAUUUUAGCCAAGAGAAAUUCUGUUCCUAGUAAUAUUCACGACGAUAAGAAUGAACAAGUUGUUUUAACUAAAAAUACUUCAAAGAUGGUUAGUUAUGAAAAAAAUGAACAUAGAUACGCUCAGAUGCUUCCGAGGCAUCAAAUUAAAUUUCAAGAAAUCAUUCAAGAUGAUGCAUUGGAAAUUGAGGAUGCUAUCAAGACAAAUAUUAUUGAGCGAAAAAUUCCAACUGUAUCAGAAAUUGACUUGACAUCACCAUCGAAAAACGGUCACGACACUGAAUCACUUAGUCAUGCGGAUUCAAAUACAGAAAUAGAUAUUGUAAAGACCAAGGUUUUCCUUUCGGAUACAAACGCAUCUUCUGAAAUUAUUGAAAAACAAAACGAAAGUGUAAAAGGAUAAAUAACUAGUUAAUGUAACCUCAAGUUUUGCGAUGAACAUUACAUUAGAUCUGUAUGUCUAUGUAGAUGUCAAAUUGUACAUUCAACUGUCAAUUUAUCUCUACGAUACAAUUUUUACGUUUAUAAAUGAUGAUUUUAUAUUUUCACUGCUAAAAGUUUGAAAUUAGCAAACCAAAGCCAUUAUCUGAAAUUUAAUAUACUUGUUAUAUCAAUAUAAUAGAAGAAGAAUUGAUACUAUUAUUCAUAAAAGUAAUUUAUGUUAAUUUGAAAGAAAAAGUAGCAAUGAGGAAAUAAUGGUUUUAGUCAGUUUACUGUAAAUGUAUGUCAUAAAUAGAUCACACGGCUGCUGGAUUCAAUAGUAGAUUGGUGCAGUCGCGUGUGGGAAUAUAUUUCAAGUUUACCUGAAUUGGUUCUUGAAAUAAAAUGGAAAUCGUUCUACAACGCAUAGUAACAAUAAGGACUUUCAAUUCUUAAAGAAAAUCCUCAAGUUCACUUUUAGUUUACAAACUUUAUUCUGUUUCAAUACUAAUAUUUUGGAAUCUGAAUGCAUUUCAAUACUUCUAAAAUAUCAGAAAACGUAAAAAUGCAAUAAUCGAGUUGAAAGAAUUGCUAUUUAUUUGUUCAUUUAAAAUAAAUGUAAGGCUGUUAUGAUUAACUAUUAUUUUUCAGUGUUGCUAAAAAGCUAUUGACUAUCAUAUUUAAUUAUGAAAUAUCUUUUGUCCUCGCCAUUAGAAACACUAAUGACAAAACUGACUUCAUUGAUUAUUACAUGCCUUAAUAGACACGAGCCCUGACUCUAUUUAUUCUUUUGUAAAAAUGUAGCAAAUAGAUCUUUCUGAGUAAUGAAAAAAUUCUCAUAUAAACACCAAAACUACGUAUUGUUAAUAUUAGUUAAUAAUAAUCAAUGAUCUUGCUUUAAUAAUAUUAAAGGUUGAUGUAACAAUUCAAAAAAAGACUGUGAAAGAGUUAAAUUGCUCCUUAAUGCAUAUACGUAUUCAAACUAUAAAUUUUUGGCUCGUUACUUGAGUAUGUGAUCGUCUUUCUUUGACCAUAUAAUUAAUACAAACAGAGUAGUAAAUUAGAACAUGAACUUGAUUAGUACAUUUCAAAUCUUUACUGGCUACCGCAAAAACUCUCCCUUAUAUUAAAUUCUGCCGCUUAUUCUGAUCUGGAAAAAAUAUAACGCUAUCAACUUGUACUUUCAGAACUGAAGAUUAAGGAGUAAGGACAUUCUUUCAUUAUGGUAACGUAUGCUUUGUGUAUAAAACUCUGUCUUAAAACAGAAUAGUAGGUACGAUAUUUACAAGGCACUAG